AUGGAGGGAGGAGAUGAAGGAAUUGAAAGAGUGGAGGACUCCAAGGACCUGCAGCAGCAGAGCAAAGCCCUCGACAAGCUUACUGACCGGGUCGAGGAUCGCCAGCUCGAUUCGACCCGAGUGCAAGAGGCUAUGGCUUCAAUUGCUGCUUCAAAAGAAGCUGACAUUCAAGCUGCCAGAAUGAGGGAGAAAGAAUUAGCCGCUGUUAAGAUUAAUGCAGCUGAUGUGGAUGUCAUUGCAAAUGAACUUGAGCUUGACAAGAAGGUGGCUGAAAGAACGUUGCGCGAGCACAAAGGUGAUGCUGUUGCUGCCAUUAGAUCCCUGCUUUACUGA